AUGAAUAUGAAAGCUAGGGCGUUCCCUCCAAACGAUGCGCACGAUGUAGACUUCCAUCAUGUGAAAAGUAAAACAAAAGUUAAAUCUAAGAAGACACGAUUUGCAAUGUGGGUCAAAAGAAAGAUUGAUAUUGCAUGUUUACAGGAGGCGAAAUGGUACGGUCAAAAAACACAACUACUUGUAGAUGGCUUUAAACUUUAUUACAAUGGUUUUGUGAACAAAAGAAAUGGCGUUGUAUACACUCCUCAAAGCGGCUGCAAAGACGAAGAGAGAAUUUUAGAAAAAGCUAUGAUGGAAAUCCCGAAAGAUAACAUAGUUAUAAUAGGCGGAGAUCUAAAUGCUCAUGUGGGAAUGACAAGAGAAGGGUACAAAUACCACGGCUAUUUUAGAUAUAGAGAAGUAAACGAAGGAGAGGAUGUAUGA